AUCUCUAUCUGUUUGUCAUUUUUCUCCAUAUUACUUUCUAUCAACAGACAUUAUUCAACAGAUUUGACCUGAAUAAAGAGCAAUCGCACUUAUAGUAGCUAUGACUGUUGUUUCGUAAUUGCUAGAUGACUCAGUCGAUAGUAUGCGCAUGCGCGAACAGUCGAAUUGUCACGUGAUUCACUGACGACGAGCGGGAAAUUCGCAGUCGACUCUCAGGUGUUCGCGCGUGUGGUUGCGUGGUCUUUGCUCUCAAAGAAACUAACAAAAUGGCUGAUACCACUGAGGCUAAGACCGUCGAGGAGACCACCAAGGUCGCGGAAGAGACCAAGCCCGAGGAGACUCCCAAGGAGGCAGAAGUGGAAGAGAAGAAGGAGGAGACCAAGGAGGGAGAGGAGGAGAAGACCGAGGAAGCUGAGAAAGUGGAGAACGGUGAUGCUGUCACCGAGUCCAAUGGAAAGACCGAGGAGCAGGGAGAGAAAAGGAAGUCAACUGGUGGAGAUGGGGACACUAAGAAGGAAGACAGCCCAGUCAAAAAGCCCAAGCUUGAUGAGGUGGCAACAGAAGAAAGUGAGAAGGUGGCAGAGGCGGCUGCCUAAGUUUUUUGUAUCAUAGGGAACAUGUGUGCGAUUUAUUCUGGAAGGCCAUUGGAAGCACCAGGAAGCUAGAUGUGUAAGCACCCAAUUAGAGCUGUGCAAUCUGGGUGAACCGAGCUAAGUACCAUCCAUGAUGAGUAUUUAUUUUGUACAUUGUCAUUGUUCCAGUUGUAUGUUCAUCCUACAUGUCUUGUCAUCCUGGUCCAUCUGCAUCUAACACACAGCUUUCAUGUGGAGACUGUCAUCAAGCAUUCCUAACAAUGAAUAAAACUUGUUAAAAUUUG